UUGCAGAAGGUCUCAAGAGGGUUCAGAGACGAUUCUGGCGUUCUCAGAGGGUUAAGGGGGUCUCAGUAGAAUUCAAUAAUUUCAGAGGAACUUAAGGGGUAGAAGAGGCUCUCAAAGGGUUCUACAGGAUUUCAGGGGCGUUCCAGAGGUAUCAGUGGUCUUAAGGUAUGGCCCCUGAUCCCACUGAUUUUUUUUUUUCAGAAACACCCCUUCAACGUAACACAAGACGUAACAUUGUAACGUGCAAGGGCUCAAUCUGAAUCAGAGGGUUUAAUCUGAGACCCUUCUGAAAUCCAAUGAUGAACUGUUUGACCUUGUGUUUGACUGACUCGUACAAGUUCUCAUCUUCUGGUAAUUUUAUCAAAGGUACUCUAGAAAUGCUAAAAGUUGGCCUGCGAACACCAUAAUAGUGUGUGGAACCUUUUGGACAGGGAAGUCCGUUUUUUUUGGACGUUUUCCGCUUGUAUCAAGGCUUGUAUUCAUUUAUUUCUAGCCAUGAAAUAUACACAAUCCCAGUAGCCCUGUCCUGAGAGUCCUGCCAAUCAACGAUCCUUGUAAAGAUGUCAUCCCGCGGAUCUGGCUCCACGUCCUCAGCCGAGAGCACCAACUCCUACCCCAGUCUGUACAGAUCUUUCCCAAGCCAGCGAACAUCAAUCGGUUCAUCAUCGAGCUCGGCCUUAUCCAUAACCUCUUCCAGUACAACACCAUCUCAAUCAGUUUCCAAGAUCCUCAACGUCCCACAACGUGAAACCACCUGCUCUACGAUUCCACCUCGUUUAAAAUGGGACCGCGAAGCUCCAGCACCGAACCGUCCUUACGAUUCCCGAAACUUUGACGCCCCAUUCAAACCUCUCCAGCCGUACUUGAGCGAACUUGGAGGUCUGGGCGUCCCGCCUCGUAAACCAUGCCACUCACCCAAACCGGACCCGUUCCGGAAGCGAACUCACGUAGACGAAAUCUUCCACAAGCGUGUCACGGAUGCCGGCGCCUUUUCCAUCACCGAACAACCCAAGACAAAUGUUUGCCUUCAGAUGAAAUCACCGGAAAUCGAGGAAGUUGCCGUGGAAGCCGUGAAAAGCGUGAUCCUUGCGGACAAUAUCAACUCCGAUGCAAACAGUUCGAGUGAGACAUCCGAGUCGGAUGGGGAUCUGUCGGAGAUGAGUUGGAGCGCGUUCCAACAGCAACCAAUGCGGAAUGAAGUGCUGAAGCAAUGCAAGCGAUCGUUCUUUCAAGCCCGGAAGGAACUGUUUAAGCUGCGACAGUACGAAGAUUACCUGGAGGAGAAGAAUAGACAACCGGAAGAGGUGGAGUCGUGGGAGAUAUCGUCGGAAAGUACUGUGCAAUCGGAGGAAUCGCUAGAGGAGGAUUUUCUAGGGAAGAAAGCAGAAGAAAUAGUGGUCGUAGAACCAAGCGAGACAGUCGAUGAAUACAAACCAACGGAGAUUAUGCACGAAGAUGAUAAACCGCACUUACAGGAACAUGAGCAGUCUUACAUGGACCGGAUUCGAGAGCACAUGUGGAGCAAGUACGAGGCGAAGGAACAACAGGAGAAAGAGGAUCAAGCCGAGCGGGAACAAUCACCGGAACCAUUGGAUGAAGAGGAAGUUCUGAAAAACCUUCCGAAGCAAGAUUACUUGAAUUUGAAAAAGCAUGAAUUGCGGCAGCAGCUAGCUGAUCGCUUGGAGGAGAUCAAUCUUUCGAUGAAGCGGGAACCGAAGGAACUUCCCCAGACGACGGUUCAAUUUGAAAAGUAUACGGAUGAGCUGAUGCGAGGACGCAGAGAAUUGCGCGAUGAAGCCUUGCUGGUCGAUGAGCAUUACAAGAAAGCUGGCUUGGAGAUCGACGUUCCAGAGAAGGAUCUAGAGCUGCGAAAAUUUCGAGCUGAGGACCACAAGAGUCAAACGGAAGAGUCGGAAGCGGAAGAAGAUGAGGAGAAGUUGACAGACGCAGAAGAAGAACCAAUCGUGCAUACUUGCAUGACGCGACUAGAGUGGGCACGUUGGAUAGGUCGGUGCACUAAAUUGGAGAAGCUGAAGUUACCGCAGGUGAAAAUUCCUCGCCUACCGAGGGUGGUUCACGAAUCGGAACAAAGUCCGAUAAGGAUGUACAUUAAGGGAUUGCACAAAGAAGAUAAAGAGUUGAAACGAGAGAAGAAAUCAAGUCAGGAGUCAUUACCAGCAGUAGAUGCAAAGCACAGGGAGCCGAAAGCUGUCAAGUGGCAGUUGAAGGAAAUGUUGUACGACAAGCCGAAGGAAUACAGGAUUUCCAAAUUCGUACCGUACAAGCCACCGAUACGGCCGUUUCCCGAGUUAGCAAAGGAUAGAUACAAAGUGAGUCAGGCGGGUCGUAGAAGACGACGCGAUCGGCGAAAAAACCACAUGGAUUGGAUCGAUCAGUUGGUGGAAGAAAUUUGUCAUCGAAAUUAUUUGUAAUGAAAUAAAUAAUCGCGUCAACGAAUAACAUUGAAUUCUUUCAAGGUGAACGAUUUCUUUAGAUAUUCGCCUAAACAUUUUUUUUAUUCCCUCUGAAAUCCUAGGGAUGUUUUUCGAAAUAAUCUUCUAGAUUCUUUCUUGAAUUUUAAUCCGGGAUUCCUCCUUUGAAUUCAUUCGUGAUUACUUACAAAAUCCUUACUCUGAAACCAAGAUUUCUCUUAAAGUUCCCUUGAAUUUAUCCCGGGUUUUUUUCCUGGAUGUUGGCUUGGAAUUUCUCAAGGGUUUCUGCAAAAGCUCCUCCCGGAAUUUUAUCCAUACACUUUCUUUGAUUUACUACCAAAGUUACUCGCUAGACCUCUUCAGGAGUCUCUCUACUAAACAGGAAAAAAUCCGAUACCUAAAACUAGCAAAAUGCCCUGACUAAAAUGUCCUCAAUACAGGUUCCCGCGGGGGUAAUUCUGACACCCGCGACAGGAUCAGAUUGGGUUGGCCAGUUCCACAAGUCUACUACCAGACACGAAUUAACCAGCUGGACAUUUUUUCCGCAGCACACCACCAUUAAACGACACGGCCGCUCGUGUAACACUUGUGUUAACAAGGUUCCUCUCACUAAACUUUCAAAAUCGCGAAUCGACCACUCUUCUGCUGUCGACUGUCGAGCUAGUCGAUUGCUGUAAUAGCUUUUCUGGUCGACUCGACAGUGAUAGCAGGUGAACCGAUUUAAUCGACUCGAGUUAUAAAAUAGCCCCUUGAGUCUUAAAUACGAAAGAAAUGGUUUUAUGCUACGAAAAUGCACCAUUAAAAAGGUUAUACCAUCUUGACUCAUUUGGUCGUAACGCCUGUUUAGAAAUUUAGAUUUGGAUUACUUAAAUUUAUUAAAAUGGCAAAUUAGGUCAUGGAAUCAUGAAGCUUAUGAACUUAUUUCAUAAACACAUAAGCACGAUUCAUGAUUCUAUAAUUUGUCAUUUAUGAUCGUGUUUAUGAUUCAUAUUUUGGUGACCCAAAAUGCAGAGACAUGAAAUCAUGAUGCAUACAUUUUGUAACAAACCAUUAGCCUAAUUCAUGAAAACAUAAGCAUAAUUCAAUCAUGACAGUGAUGAGAUGAAUUGAGAUUGUUAUUCAUGAUUCAAAUAUCGUUAAAGUAAAUAAAAAAAAAAACAACAUAUAAACAUUAUUCGAGUCGGGUAUUUCGGCCAGCCUUUAUCAAUAUCAUAACCAAAGCAAGUUCAAGAGUCUUACGGUCUUGAAGUGGGUUGUAGGCCCGUUGCUCGUAGGAAAUCGAUAUGGCUAUGGCUGGAAGAACCAGUCCAGCUAUUCCACUCCAUUCUUUUCCUGCAAAUAUGUAAAAACCCUAACUUAACAAAACAUGCCGAUCAAAUACAAAAAACGCUUUGGCCUAGGCUUCGGCAAUAUUUUUUACACGCGCUUCUAAUAUUUAGUUUUUUUCAAUACCUCACUAAUUUACCACCUCAAACUCGGAGAAUAUAAAAAUGAACGAUCCAACGGGACGUCUUGAUGAAGAUGAGCCAUGAUUCUAUUACUAAAAGUUAUGUUUACAAGAAUCAGAGCAAAUGGUUUCAUGAUUAUGAGUCAUAUUAUAUUUUAAACGAGAAUAGCUUCGCGUCACGCUUUUUGCAAUAAUGACUUCUGGCAGUUUUUUCUUUGUUAUGGCCAUGUAAAAGAUUAUAAUUUUUAGUCAAGAAUCGUCAGUAGUCAUGAUAUCAUGAAGCGGUGAGGUUUAUGAUUUCAUUACUUUUUGGUCAUGAAUUCGACAACGAUUUUUACCCGUUUUUUCAGAUUUCUGCUAAAGCUCCUCAUUACAUUCAGAGAGAUUUUUUUCACAUUAUCGCACCUCGUGUUUCUCGCGGGAUUCCUCCCGGAGUUCCUCCCAAUAUUUUCUCAGAGUUCCUUUCGAGGAAAAGCCCUAUUUCGGAAUUGCUGUCUAAAUGUUACUCCGUGCAUUUUCGCGGGGCUUUAUAAGAGUUUUCUUUUUCUUAACACACGAAACUACACAUAUCUUUUUAGAGGUUUUCUGGGAUUUCUCACGUCUAUUUUUUUUGGGAUCCUCCUGGAAUUUUCCUAAUAUUUCCUCCCGGCAUUUUUUUCCGAAAGUUUUCCCCUGACUACUGAAACAAUUGCAUAACAUGUGCAAAGGGCCUAAGUGUAAACAAACAUGUUUUUGUUGAUCCACGCUUAUCAGGGAAGAGCAAACUUCAAGCUAUCUGUGAGUGGUAUGGGUAUGCAUGGAUUGAUCGUGUAUUCAAAAAAAUCAUAUCUCAAAAACAAAACAACAUACAUUUCUGAUUUUUUGAUAUGUUACGCCAAAUUUCCUGAAUUUUCUGAUAAAAAUAUGAAACCAGGGUACCUCUUUGGUCCCGAGACCACGAAAACGUGAAAAGCUAAUAUAUUUGCAUAUUUUAUGGUACUCUUUACAUUUUAUCCCCUUUAACGUAUUUUUCCUGAAAAUUACAAUUCAAUAGCUUUCAAACAAAAAAAGAAGUUUAAAAUCGGUCAAAUGGUUCAAAAGUUACGAUUUUUUGAAAAUUUUUAGUUUUGAAAAACCUUGAUUUUUUGGACCACCCUAUAUGAAAAUUGGUCAC